GCUUCCGCUUCCGGUUUCCUUGUUGAUCAUGGCGGCCUUGAGGAGGCUGGCGAGCCGGCAGAGGUUGCUGGGGUUAUCGCGGCUCGGGGUCCGCGCGGUGUCCUCGGGGGGCAAAGCGAGCUCCUCGGGCUCCGUGUCCGUGUACCCGAGCCCCGUCGUGCGCCGCUUCGAGCAGGAGGAGAGCGGGACGGAGGAGUUCAUCAAGAAUCCAGAUUACCAUGGUUUUGACUCAAAUCCUGUUGUGGACUUGUGGAGUAUGCGUAUUUCCUUCUUCUGUGGCGUAUCUAUUAUGUUUGUGUUGGGCUUCGCCUUUGUCGCCUAUAUGCCUCCAAAAGGGAUGACGGACUGGGGUUACCGAGAAGCUGAACGGCUUGUGAAGGAGCGGGAAGCAAAGGGGUUGCCUGUCAUGGACUACUACUGUUUUGACCCCAGCAAGAUUGUGCUGCCUCCUGAUGAUGAAGAAUGAGCACCUCACUGUCUGUCUGUAUACUGAGAAUAAACCUCCAAGAUACUCUGAUC